GACCUGAAAAUGUGGGCAAGCAUAGCGAUAUAAAAUCGCGUUCGUGCCGUCGGGGCGUAAACAGUCAGUUUAUCACGAUGUGGUGGCUGGACGGAUUUAGGACGGGAAUGGGUCGCCUGGAGAUCCUGUUGCUUGUUUACACCUUGCUCUGCUCUCUCGGAGAUUGCCUGUUUGUAACUGACUAUUUCACCCGGACGCCUCGCAAGCUCAACGCCUACCGCUCCUUUGCCAGCGUGGAGCUCUUCCACUUCAACGUGCCUGAAGACACCGUGGUGGCUGUUUGGAACCUCAUCACCUUUAAGGAGCAAGGGGGGACUUUUGGAGACAGCUGCCCAGACCGCAACGUGACAGUGUACUUCAGGGCAGGAGCUCCACCUGUGAUCGACCCCCUCCAGACUCGCUUUCCAAAGGACACCAUCAUACCAGACUCUUUCGCUGUCACUUUGACAUGGACGCUGCCCAACCGCACCACAGGGGUUUUCAAUGUCACCAGCCCCCUCCCGGGAGACUGGUUUCUGGCUGCACACUUACCAAAGGAUGAAGGGAAGAUCUCUGUCAAGGGUCUCCAUGAGGAAUGUCAGUACCUCUUUCAACCUCAGCUCAUUGUUCAGAGGCUCAUUGGGAUUUCAGUGCUGUAUCCUGGUUACUUCAUUGACCAGAUGAUUCCACUUCACAACAGAUCUGUACUUUACAAAGUGUUCAUUCCAAACUACAUUUCUCGGGUGAAGGUCCAGCUGGUGGACUGCAAUACAAAAAACAGGAGCGGAGAGAGCUGCCCAGUUCUACUUAAAAUUCGCUCGAGGGCCCCACCAGUGCAUAACUCCAGUGCUGUGGACUGCAGAGAGAACAUGCCCUGUGAGCUAGAUGUGCCACUACCUUCCUGGGAGCAGUGGUACUAUAUUUUGGUGGAGCGUUACCUCAGUAGCUCAGAUGUCUACUUCCGCAUUGGUGUUCAGGUUAAAGAUUGUUCCAAGCCCACUGUUACCAAAGGCUCCUCAGCCAUGAACAUGCCUCAGUCGUUUGGCACUGCGAUGGGCUUCUCUCUUUCGGAAACUCUUCCUGCCGCCGGCCUGCCUAGCUUGCCCCAGAACAAUUCAGAUCAAGGGACUUUACUAAAAUCUGAAGACAGCAUCACUUAUUUAGCACCAACAGCUGAUACAAAUAAAUGUUGGCCUAUCAGACCAACACUGCGGAACGAGCUGGACACCUUUUCAGUUCAUUUCUACAUCUUCUUUGGACCCAACAUCUCCAUCCCUCCAGACAGGGCAGCCAUAUUUGCCAUCAACCUCAUGCCGGUGUUGGAUAGCGGAGGUGUUCUGAACAUGGAGCUUAAACUCAAUGUGUCUUCAGUGAGAGGGGAGAAUAUUACAAUCUUUGGCUGCUUGAAUCAUGGAAUGCCGCUGUCUCUUCAUGACAACUCAUCAGUCAGAUGUGAAUCUGAUUCGGUUUCAGGAUUUCAACUCUCCAUUAACACCACCGCAAAUAUCACAAAGCUGAGGAUACCGUAUCCACAGACCGGCACGUGGUAUCUCAGUCUGCGUUCAUUGUGUGCCACGGAACAUGGGUUUGAGAUGUGCAUUAAUGUUACAGCCGAGGUUUACCUUCGUUCUUACCUGACCCCCUGCAUCAACGACUGUGGCACGUAUGGCCAGUGCAAACUCUUGCGUACCAACAACUACCUGUAUGCUGCAUGCGAGUGUAAAGCAGGUUGGGACGGCUGGGGUUGCACAGACAACACUGAGGCAUAUUCGUACGGAUUCCAGCUGCUCUCAACUCUUCUCCUGUGUCUCAGCAAUUUGAUGUUCGUCCCACCUGUGACCAUCGCCAUCCGCAGUCAAUACCUGCUAGAGGCAUCUGUCUAUAUUUUCACCAUGUUCUUCUCCACUUUUUAUCAUGCCUGUGACCAGCCAGGCAUUGUGGUCUUCUGCAUCAUGGAGUAUGAUGUGCUUCAGUUCUGUGAUUUCCUUGGCUCACUUAUGUCUGUAUGGGUCACUGUCAUUGCCAUGGCCAGACUAAAAUCCAUCAUCAAACAGGUGCUAUACUUGCUGGGAGCAAUGGCUCUGUCCAUGGCCUUGCAGCUGGACCGUCAUGGCCUGUGGAAUCUGCUGGGUCCCAGCCUUUUCGCUCUGGGCAUCAUGGCCAUCGCCUGGACUGUGCGCACCAUCCGUCGGCGCCGCUGUUACCCACCAACCUGGAAGCGCUGGGUGUUUUUCCUGUUUCCUGGCACCACCAUCGCCACAUCGGCAGUGGCCCUGUACGCCUUCGUGGAGACGGAAGAGAACUACUUCUACAUCCACAGCAUCUGGCACAUGCUGAUCGCAGGAAGCGUCGGCUUCCUUCUGCCUCCCCGUGCCAAACCCGACGUGAAAGUCACUCCCCUGAAACGACGGCGAGGCUGCGGAUACCAGCUCUGUGUCAAUGAGCACGAGGAGAUGGGAUUGGUGGACCCAGCUAUUAUUACCAUUAACAGCAUAUGCACCAGCUGAUGAUGCUCAGAGUUUAGCAAAGUUGACUUUUUUUGCCUUUCAUCUCCUUUGGAAUAUACAAACACGGAAAACAAAGCCAGAGAACUUACUGAUGCACUGUAUAUAACUUUCGACUGAAACACACAUACACCUAAAUGUACAAGUUUUUGAUCAUUGUUAUUUGGAUUACUAUUAUUGUUAAUAUCGUUUGCAUUGUAAGUAUCUUGGAAUGGUUCGUGUCAGUACAGCGAUGCACUGUUAUUAGUGCAUUAUUUAAAAGUCUGCUGCUACUUGACAGUGACUGUAAAAUUGAAAAAUGUGUCAUGUAAUUUAUUCAUUGUUUUCUGGCACUGAAAUGACCAAAUGUUUUAUUGUGUUUAUAAGAUGCAAAGGAAGAAUUGUUUUUUUCAUGGCUAUAUCAAGGGCAUUGCUUUUUUAGUUUUCCUUUCUUUCUAAACAUCUUUUGCACUGAGACACAAAAAUGUGAUACUUUACAUUUUUUUUUUAAAUAUAGGUAUAGUUAUGAUUAAGUCAUGUGUACAUGUAAAUGUAUAGUAUAGUUGUUCUAAGUGGAAUGUCUGAUUGUACUUUGGAUUGCAUUGUAUUGCCUUUGCAGCAUAGCUGAUUGUCGAUUUAUAGAGGGUUUAGGAACGUGUCCAAUUGCCAAGAACAGGUUUUAUUAAGAAACCACAGAUAAUAACCUCAUAUUUCCUGUUGUAUUUACCUAGUAAGGAUCAGGUCAGAGGGAUACAUUUUAAAUCAAAGCAAAUGAUAAAGCAAAUAAACGUUUUAUUUUUUCGGUAUUAAA